AUGCCGGAACGCGACAAUCUGACGGCGCAGGUGGACCACCGUGUGACGGUUUCUGAUAGCGGCGACUUGAAACUCACUGCUAAUGUUACGCUGUUAUGGACCCCAGAAGCAGGAAGCCCUUUCAUGGACCACGCCAGCUUGGGCAAUCGCAGGGAUAAAUCCACAGUUCGCGUCAUGGCUGCAGAUUACGAUAGAUAUAUCAUUUUCCAUGUGAAUAUGGACACUUAUUCGGCGAUGUAUCUGUCUGGUAGGAGACUGGAAGUUGGAGGCGCCAUCGAAGAUAAAUUCAAGGAUUUCGCCUCGGCUCAAGGAUUUCCCGAGGGGAACAUCAGAUUCUUUGAAAGAGCCGAACAAUGCACUCCACAAGAGGAUUAA